AUGGCGAUAGACCGGCGACGCGAAGCGGCUGGCGGAGGCCGGCAGCUGCCCGAGGAGAACGGGUCCCUGCCGGCCGGGGAGGCGGGCUCGGCGGCAGCAGCGACGCUGGCGGUGGCUCCCCCCGCGACCGCGGAGAUCCAGACCCUGCCGCCGCCUGCCGCCGGCUCCUGCAGCCCCCUGCUGCUGGACUACGAUGGCUCGGUGCUGCCUUUCCUCGGCGGGCUGGGCGGCGGGUACCAGAGGACCCUGGUGCUGCUGACUUGGAUCCCGGCCCUUUUCAUCGGCUUCAGCCAGUUCUCGGAUUCCUUCUUGCUGGACCAGCCGGACUUCUGGUGCCGGGAGCCGGACGGGCAGGGCAACGGGACGGACAACUUGACCCGGGGCCUGGCUAACCACAGCCAGAGCAGCAGCGCCGGGAUGCUGGGGGCCCCGGCGCUGCCCACCCCGCCGCCGGGAGACAACGCCAGCCAAUGCCACUGCCACGAGUGGCACUACCUGAUCAGAGCCGGUCUCGUCCAGAACGUCGUGAGCAAGUGGGAUCUCGUUUGUGAAUCUUCCUGGAAGGUCCAUAUUGCUAAAUUCUCCCUACUGGUAGGCUUAAUCUUUGGCUACUUGAUAACAGGAUGUAUAGCUGACUGGGUUGGUCGACGGCCAGUGCUACUCUUCUCGGUCAUAUUCAUUCUGAUAUUUGGACUGACUGUGGCUCUCUCAGUAAAUGUGACAAUGUUCAGCACACUCAGGUUUUUUGAAGGGUUUUGCCUGGCUGGAAUAAUCCUCUCCCUGUAUGCACUGAGAAUAGAACUCUGUCCUCCUGGGCACCGGUUCAUGGUCACCAUGGUGGCAAGCUUCAUUGCAAUGGCAGGACAGUUCCUCAUGCCAGGUCUGGCUGCCCUCUGCAGGGACUGGCAAGUUCUCCAGGCGGUCAUCAUCUGCCCUUUCCUGCUGAUGCUGCUUUACUGGGUUAUUUUCCCGGAGUCCCUUCGGUGGCUGAUGGCUACACAACAAUUUGAGGCAGCCAAGAAACUUAUUCUUCACUUCACUAACAAGAACGAGAUGAACGUUGAAAGUGAUAUCAAAGGAGUGAUGCCCGAGCUGGAGAAGGAGCUUACCAGGAGGCCCAAGAAGGUCUGCAUUGUUAAAGUGGUGGGAACCAGGAACCUGUGGAAAAACAUUGUAGUAUUGUGUGUGAACUCGCUGACCGGGUUUGGGAUACAUCACUGCUUUGCAAAAAGCAUGAUGGGUCAUGAAAUGAAGAACUCGAACCCCCACCAUUUCUAUACAGACUACUAUACCAUGGCAGGGAUUGCCCUGGCCUCCUGCCUGGCUAUGUGCCCGGUCGUUGGGUUUCUAGGGCGAAGAGGGGGACUGCUGCUGUUCAUGAUUCUCACAGCUCUGGCAUCGCUGCUACAGUUAGGCCUUCUCAACUUGAUCGGAAAAUAUAGUCAACUUCCAGACUCAGGUAUGAGUGACAGCGUCAAGGACAAAUUCUCUACUGCAUUUUCCAUUGUGGGUAUGUUUUCUUCGCAUGCUGUUGGAAGUCUUAGUGUUUUCUUCUGUGCUGAAAUCACACCAACAGUAAUAAGGGGAGGUGGACUCGGACUUGUCCUGGCCAGUGCAGGCUUUGGUAUGCUGACUGCACCUAUAAUGGAGCUUCAUAACCAGAAAGGCUACUUUCUGCACCAUGUGAUCUUUGCCUGCUGUACGCUCAUUUGCAUCAUCUGUAUUCUUCUCUUGCCGGAGAGCAAGAACCAAAACCUGCCUGAGAACAUCCCAGACGGCGAACACUACACCAGGAAGCCCCUCCUGCCACACAAGAAAGGGGAGCAGCCCCUGCUUCUGACAAACUCUGAACUCAAGGAUUACUCUGGCCUCCACGAUUCGUCAGCUGUGGGCGACGGGGUGUCCGAGAAUACCACUGCCAAUGGGAUGUAACUGGGCAGAUUUUUUUAUUUUAUUUUAUUUUUUUGGGAGAAGGAGCACUUUGGGUGGGGGCAUUUUGCACGGGUUUGCAGACCAGUAAUGGAACAGAUGGAUACAUGGGGGAAUUCAGCUCUGCUGCUAAAGCCACUUAUUGUAGGAAUCUUCAACUGGUGUACAAAUUACUUUUGAAAAGGUUAUGGGGGGAAAUAACGCAUCUGAGAAAAGAACUGGCCGGAGAUAACCCUUCCAAACUUUCUUUUCCUGGAAUUAAAUGUUUAUAUUUAUUUUGAUUAUCAUUUUAAAGAAGCACUUUACUCCCUUUUCAUUGAUCACAUGAAUGAAGCCAUCUUAUUUCAGGAGGUGCAGCCAUUCCAAAAAAGAAAUGGUGUGAUGUGUUUUGUUUUCAUUUUUGUUUUUGUGUUUUGUUAACGGAAAGAGGUAUCUCUGCUGCAAAGCUGAAUCCACUGAAACUUAGGCUAGAGCAACAUUAGUUCUGCCUGUCUAGAAAGUCAAAUCCCCCAGGUUGCCUGCUCUGUUUGUACAAACAACAAAAAACCUGUUGUGAGUCAAACUCUGGCUGCAUUUUAUUUAGCGUAAAUUAGGUUUUGAUAGUGUCCCCAUAUGUAUUUAAAAGUUAUUUUCUAAAUUAGAGUUGUUUUUUUUACUGUAGUUAAAACAGUCAGCAAAAUACUACACAAACUAGCUUAGUUUUUCAAUCAGGAUCAGCCUUCUACAUUUUAAAUAUCACAUUCAGCUCUUUUAGAGAUUUCCUGCAAGUGAUUAAUAAUAAUAUAAACAACUGAAAUGAAUUGACCACCAGUGGUAAAAUUAGGUUUACCAAGAAUGGUUUUAACUAACAGGAGGUUCAAUAUCUGUAUCCUAGUGUUCCAGAGAAUAUUUUUGGUUAAAGGAGACAAAAUGUAGGAGUAUUGGCUACAAUCUGAAUUGCUUGCUCCAAAAGGGAGUUUAGCUGAAAUUUCCACUAGUACAAGAGCUGUGACAUUGCAUGCCCUAACUGUUUAAAGCCUGUUCUUAUUUAAAUUUAUUUUAUUAGAAUAAAAGGGAAUGAAUUGAUUAUUUGAAUAAAUACUGAAGAUGGGGGGGGGGAAACGAAAGGGCUGUUUAAAAUGUUACUUAAAUAGAGGUCAAGAGGGCACUCCCUAUGAAAUGGGUCAUCUUUAAUUAUACGUUUUUAAAACCUCCUGUCCAAGCCAGAAUUCUGAUUACUAUAUAUUUUGCUGUCUCCUGUUUGCUAUUUCUGACCCAAGAAUUUACAAUGAACUGCCACCUUAAUCCCACCAAAAAUGUGCUCUUCUAGACUCUCCCUUUAAAAAAAAAAAAAAAAAUACUAUAGGAUCAUUUGUUUGAUUAAAGUAAUUUAAAAUGCCUCUGCUUAGUAAAGUAAGAAGCAAAUCUUUCAUUUAUUGUAAAGAUGGCUACUUGAUAAUAGCCAGGUGACCUCCUCCUUCCAGUCCCCAAGCCAGCAAGAGAUUUGCAUUGGCCAUCAGAUUUUGAUUCUUGUUGUGUGAAUGUCUUACGGAUCUAGUUAAUACAAGAACAUUCUGAGCUUAAAAGCUUUUUUGCAUCAUUAACAAUCGCCCCACCACUACCUUCCUUACCUUAUUCACUGAUUUGCCCAGUGGUACAGCCAUUUAAAUGAACAGAGCAGCAGGAUAUGUAAUGUUGUAUUGAGCAUCCAUAUGAUUGCCACUUUGUUUGAUGGACAUCUUGCAUUCAUAGGCAUGGAAAGGCUAAUCUGCACUUUCCUCUUCUUCCCUACCCCUUCUUUUGCUCUAUAUAUUGUCUGUUAACUACUGUACCUACUACUUACAUCCUCCAUUAGGCUGCCUUUGUCCUCUUGUAACCCACACAAAAUCAGCAAGACUGUGAGUAGUGUAGUAAGCUACACAGCCGCAGAUGCUGAUGAGUGCAAGAGGACGAGCAGGCCUGGAGAAGUGACAAAGAUUGUUGUGGUUGGAAAAUCAAUGUUGUCCUAAAGCUGCUAACUUUUGUACAGAGGAUGUGGACAUUUAGGUUCUUUUUGAGCCACGUAAGAAACACUGGACCAGUUGAUGGUAAUUUUGCCUGGAGUUAUGCUAUUGUUUUCACCUUAGUUAGACUUGCUGUGACAGCAACAGACCAAUUUUUCUUACACUCUCUAAACAUCUCUAGUUACUGUACGGUUUGAAAGUGGCCACCUCUCCUUCGUUUUGUUCUGCGUUCAGAUUUUUGCAGUCUGCAUUCACCUCGAAAAUAAGGCCUUUCGGUUUGUGCAGUAUUCAUGUGCCAAAUUUGUGUAAUACCUUUUGCCUUUUAUAUGAAGCUUGUUACAAGCCACAUAUCAGGAAAAGUGGGUUUAUAUCAAAAUCUAGAAAGUAAAACAAAUAAUAAUCCAGGGAGGGGGGCCUUGACACAGGAGAGCAAUAGAGA